AUUUUUGUUUAUUAAGUAUGUAGAAUUUUUAAUACAAUUGACCUUGUAAAAGAAAAUCGAUUAACUGCAUUGAAUUGUAAUAGUGUAAUUCAAAAAUUUGGAAUUAUUUAGAAUUUUGCAUAUCAGAUAAUUACGUUUCGAAUCAUGAUAAAAUUUUAUCAUUUUCACAAAAUACACUUAAAAAAGUUCACUUCUACUAAUUGGAAAAGAAGCAUUUCCUCAUUAAUACAGUCAAAAAAUUUUGUGGGUGGUAAUUGGAUAACUUCCGGUACUGGUGAAACAUUUGAUGUGACCAACCCAGCAACCGGCAAUAUAAUAGGUUCGGUUCCUGACAUGACUGUAACAGAAGCUGAAAAAGCAAUACGGGAAGCAAAAACAGCAUUUGCCUCUGCACGUUGGUCGAAAUUGACCGGAAAGGAAAGGUCAUCUUUAUUAAAAAAAUGGCACACAUUGAUAGAAGAAAAUCGUAACGAAAUAGCUGAUAUCAUGACACAGGAAUCUGGAAAACCUAUUAGUGAAUCACACGGAGAAAUCACAUAUGGAAAUUCGUUUACAGAGUGGUUUGCGGAAGAGGCAAGGAGAAUUUACGGUGAGGUUAUACCCCCACCUGGCCCUAAUAGAGAACUUUUUGUUUUAAAACAACCGAUUGGGGUGGCAGCACUAAUAACACCUUGGAAUUUCCCUCUUGCUAUGAUUACUAGAAAAGCGGCUGCAGCUCUUGCUGCUGGCUGCACAGUUAUAAUAAAACCAUCCGAAGACACGCCCUUAACGGCCUUGGCAUUGGCAAAAUUAUCCGAAGAAGCUGGUUUCCCUAACGGAACAAUCAAUAUCCUUACGACAACAAAAGCGGCGAAUUUUGGAAAAUUAUUUUGCUCUAGUCCAGACGUUGAUACAAUUUCAUUUACGGGAUCAACAGAAGUUGGAAAAAUACUUUAUAGAGAUAGCUCCGCAAAUGUUAAACGAAUUUCGCUAGAACUUGGAGGUAAUGCUCCAUUUAUAGUCUUCAAUUCCGCUGAUGUGGAAAAAGCAGUUGAAGGCUCGAUCGUAUCAAAAUUCAGAAAUUGUGGGCAAACAUGCGUUUCAGCAAAUCGAUUUUUCGUUCAAGAUGGCAUUUAUGAUUCAUUUAUGAAAGCCCUUAUUGAACGAGUUGGAAAAUUAAAAAUCGGGCCUGGGCUGAAUACUGAUACACAAAUUGGACCGUUAAUAAACAAAAAUCAAUUUGAUAAAGUAAAAUCCUUUGUUGACGACGCUUCAUCCAAAAGUGCGAAAAUUUUGCAUGGUGGUAGGGCAAGAAAAGAUAUCGGAAAUCUAUUUUAUGAGCCGACAAUAGUUACCAAUAUAAAUCAAAACAUGAAAUUAUACACAGAUGAAGUUUUCGGCCCAGUCAUUUCUGUCAUCAAAUUUAAAACGGAAGAGGAAGCUGUAAUAAAAGCCAAUGAUACACGACGAGGGUUAGCCGGGUAUUUCUAUAGCCAAGAUUUAUCUCAAAUUUUUAGAGUCGCCAAAGCACUUCAAGUCGGUAUGGUUGGAAUUAAUGAAGGACUAAUUUCAACAGCAGAAGCUCCUUUUGGCGGAGUAAAAGAAUCUGGUAUUGGAAGGGAAGGAUCACAUCAUGGAAUUGAUGAAUACGUUGAAGUAAAAUAUAUCUGUCUAGGCAACUUAAAAUACUAAAUCUGUAGCAAAAUUUAGAAUUAGCUAAUUGCAAGUCUUAUAGGAUUAUAAUAAUUAGUCUUCCAAGUAUAACUGUAAAUGCGUAAAUGCACACAAUUGUUACGGCAUUAUAUAAUUCUCAGAAAGUAUUAUAGUAUUGCUACAAAUUAAUAAAUACAAUGUUGAUAGUA